AUGUCCCGUGCUCCGAGCGGGGAUCGGUCUCCGAGUCGCUCACCACCAGCUCUGUCGACCUUGCUAUCGAACAGCGGUCGGGAUUUCAAGGAGAGUCUGCGACUAGGCGAUUUUCUACCGCGCAGAGGCAGCCGGAGGUCUUCUGCCAUGCUGAACCACAACUUGGAGAACUCACCGCGGUCGUGGGUGGACCAUAAGUUCUUGCAGAUGGCUGCCGCAGCAGCCGCGACACCCGCGACAAGUUCCGGCGGUGAUCUAUUCGCUCCGGACACACCGAAGAUCUCGGGUAUCCCUUGCGCAGCCGCUCCGUCCCGCUACACUGCCCCGGUGCACAUCGAUGUGGGCGGUGUGACUUACACAUCAUCCUUGGAGACCCUCACGAGAUACCCUGACUCGAAGAUCGGUCGCUUAUUCAACGGAUCGAUCCCGAUAGUACUCGAUACGCUGAAGCAACAUUAUUUCAUCGAUCGAGACGGCCCCACAUUCCGCCACGUGCUCAACUUCCUCCGUUUCGGACGUCUGGUGCUCCCCAAGGACUUCAGCGAAUUCAAUUUACUAAUGGAGGAAGCGAAGUUCUACGACAUACCUCUACUCAACCAGGCCUUGCAAAAUCUCUUGAGGAGAUCGCGGAGUUCGAGUCCCGACGCCAAGCGGGCGUGUCGACGAGGAAGAACUCUGGCUCACCAAUGUAUUCUGCUCAGCACAUCUCCUGAUUUAGGAGAAAGGAUUCUGGUGUCUGGAGAUCGAAAGCUCGUAGAAGAGACAUUCCCGGAAAUAAUUGACAGCUUGGAGAGCUCAACUUCCUCGACUUGGCUGAGUUCGGAUUCGAAUCACUUGCAUCGAUUCCCAUUAAACGGUUUUUCGAAGUUUCAACUAUUAACAACGAUACAACGACUCUUGAAUGACAACUUCAUGCUAUCAACAUGCGUCAGCUGUGGGCUUGAAGGUAGAAUGGGUUGCGAAUAUCUUUUUGUCAAGAAAGAACUAUGUGAUGCGUAG